UGUACUUUUCCAGUCUUGGUCGCCCUAUUGGUAAUAUUGUGUAUCUUUCAUUGUUGGCGGAGAUUCGCCGUCAAGAUGGGAGGCCAGGUCUCAAAACUGAUGGGAAAGAUCUUCGGAUCAAAGGAGAUGCGACUCCUCAUGCUGGGUCUCGAUGCCGCCGGAAAGACGACUAUCCUCUACAAACUCAAACUCAAUCAGGACGUCACCGCGAUCCCCACCGUCGGCUUCAAUGUCGAGUCCGUGACAUACAAGAAUGUCAAAUUCAACGUCUGGGACGUUGGCGGCCAGGACAAGAUCAGGCCACUGUGGAGACACUAUUUCACCGGAACCCAGGGACUUAUCUUUGUGAUUGAUUCAAACGAUCGCAGCCGCAUAGAGGAGGCCCGCCAGGAGUUGCAUCGAAUCAUUCUGGACCGUGAAAUGAAAGAAGCUCUUCUUUUGGUCUUUGCCAAUAAGCAGGACAUCAAGGGCGCCAUGGAUCCAAAGGAAGUGACCGAGAAACUCCAGUUGAACCAACUUAAAGACAGGAUAUGGUUCGUCGUGCCGAGUUGCGCAACGACCGGCGAAGGCUUGUUUGAGGGAUUGGCUUGGCUCUCCAACAAUGUCAAGAGCCAGCAGCAGAGACAGGGAUGAACAUGCCCACGCUACGCCCUUUCGACUCCAUUUUCUUUUUUCUUUCUUUCUUUCUUUCCUUUUUGUUUUUUUACUCUUGUUCAUGUUGGGCUAUUUCGUAAUAAUGAUGGCUGAUGUGACAUAUGCAUAUGCACUUUUGAGUUUUCCCUGGAAGCCUUAUGAUUUGCAGCCUUGUUUCACUGAUUUCUUUUGCUCUUUGCAAGGAAUCCUUCAUGUUAGAUGAUAUCCCUUCUUGUUCUGGUGUAUUCGUUCUAUAAACUUCCUGACCUUAUAUCCUCUUUAUUAUUUUGUAAUAUACCCUCCUGACACAGGGUUUUCUUCAUUUUCUUUUU